GAGUCAGACUGUCAGAGCGGCGUGAGACCAAGGCAGCAGGACUGGCCCCGUUCUGUGGAGCUCAAUAUGUUUACACGCUGAAGACGCUUUGCUGGGUUUCACUGAGCCUGUGCAGCUGCAUCAGGAAGUCAAACAUCUGGAUGGUGGUGUGCUUCGUCCAUCAGGAUGUUUGCUGUUCAUCUCCUUUCGUUCUACUUCUCCAAACUGAAGGAGGAUCCCACCAAGAAGGUGGACAGGUUCCUGCAUGCCAUGCGUCUCCAUGACGACCAGCUAAAGGACAUCUCGGCUCGUUUCCAGGCUGAAAUGAAGAAGGGGCUCUCAGCAGACAGCAACGCCGCGGCCUCAGUGAGGAUGCUGCCGACAUACGUCCGCUCCACUCCUGAUGGAACAGAGAAGGGAGAGUUUGUGGUGCUGGAUCUCGGUGGCUCCGCGUUUAAGGUCCUCCAAGUGAAAGUGAGGGAGGGUGAGGGGAAUAGGAAGGGCGGGGUGGAGAUGGAGGAGAAGACCUACCCCAUACCUGCAGAGAUACGCACUGGCAGAGGCACAGAUUUACUGGACCACGCCUCAGAGUCGCUAAAGGACUUCCUGCAGGAGAAGAACAUUAGUCUGGAGAAGAAGCAUCCGCUGGCUUUCACCUUCUCCUUCCCCUGUGAACACUCUGCCUUGGAUAAGGCGUUAUUGUUAAACUGGAGUAAGAACUACAGAGCGUGGGGCCUCCUGGGCAAAGACGUGGCCCAAUCCCUCAGACAGGCCAUCGACAGGGCUGGCGGAAUGGACGUAGAGAUAUUAGCUGUGGUGAACGACACCGUGGCCACCAUGAUGACCUGCGGCUUCGAUGACCAGUACUGCGACGUGGGGCUCAUCGUCGGUACGGGAACCAACGCGUGCUACAUGGAGGAGAUGAGUCACGUGGACCUGGUGGAGGGAGACGAGGGCCGCAUGUGCGUCAACGCCGAGUGGGCGGCGUUCGGAGACGACGGCGCGCUCAGCGACUACCUCACCGAGUUUGACCGGGAGGUGGACUCUGCCUCGCUGAACCCCGGGAGGCACACCUUUGAGAAGAUGGUCAGUGGGAUGUUCCUGGGGGAGCUGGUGAGGCUGGUUGUGUUAAAGAUGGCGAAACAGGGUCGCCUGUUUGAGGGACACGUGUCGGACGCCCUGAGGACCACGGGGACCAUAACCACUGCACACGUGGCCUCCAUGGAGGAGUACAAAAACGGUCUAAGCAACACCAGAGACGUCCUCACCAGACUCGGCUUGAACCCGUCGUCCGAUGACUGCAUCGCCGUGCAGCACGUCAGCACCAUCGUGUCCUUCAGGUCCUCCAAUCUGGUGGCGGCGGCGCUGGCGGCCAUCUUGGCCCGCAUCAGGCAAAACCGCAACCUGAGGUCCCUGCGGGUCACCGUGGGCGUGGACGGAACCGUGUACAAGACUCACCCGCAGUACCCGAAGCGCCUCCAUAAAGUGGUGCGCCGCCUGCUCCCCGACUGCCACGUGCGAUUCGUGCUGUCCGACAGCGGCAGCAGCAAAGGAGCCGCGCUGGUGGCGGCGGUGGCACAGCGGCUGGUGGCCCGGAGACGCCAGGUGGAUGCGGCACUCGCUCCCUUCAGGCUGAACCACAGCCAGCUGCAGCUGGUCAAGGCCAGGAUGAGGGCAGGCCUGGAGGCCGGGCUCAGGUCCAAUCAGUCCGCCAUGAAAAUGCUGCCCUCCUUUGUCUACCAGAUGCCCGACGGCACAGAGCACGGGAAAUAUCUCGCCUUCGAUCUCGGAGGAACCAACUUCAGAGCUUUGCUGGUGAAAUUUAAAAAGGGCCUUCAGCAGAACACGCGGCUCUACCACAAGAUCUACACCAUCCCGCUGGAGAUAAUGCAGGGCACGGGGGAAGACCUCUUCGACCACUUGGCUGAGUGCAUCGGUGACUUCCUGGACUACAUGGGCAUAAAGAACGCCCGCCUCCCCGCAGGCUUCACCUUCUCCUUCCCCUGCGAGCAAACGUCCCUCAACACGGGAACGCUGGUGAACUGGACCAAAGGCUUCAAGGCCACAGACUGCGAAGGACACGACGUGGUGAACUUGCUGCGUGAGGCCAUUAAGAGACGCAAUGAGUUUGACCUGGAUAUCGUAGCUCUGGUCAAUGACACCGUUGGGACCAUGAUGAGCUGCGCCUACGAAGACCCCCAGUGUGAAAUCGGACUGAUUGCUGGGACCGGCUCCAAUGUUUGCUACAUGGAGGAGGUGAAGAACAUAGUGAAGAUUCAGGAUCCAGACAAGAAAGGCGAGACGGAGGACGGGAGGAACACGGAGAAGAUGUGCAUAAACAUCGAGUGGGGAGGUCUGGGUGACGACGGCUCUCUGGACGACAUCAUCACCCCUUAUGACACCGAGGUGGAUCAGAACUCAGUGCAUCCUGGAAAACAGAGGUUUGAGAAGCUCACCAGUGGGAUGUAUUUAGGGGAAGUCGUCCGUCACGUCCUGCUAAACUUGACCAGGAAAGGUUUGCUGUUCAGAGGUCACGUCAGCGAAACCUUAAAGACACCUGGAAUAUUUGAAACCAAAUACCUGUCGCAGAUAGAGAGGGACCGCCUGGCGCUGCUGCAGAUCAGGUCCAUACUCCAGCAGCUCGGGCUCCACGGCACCUGCGACGACAGCAUCAUCGUCAAGGAGGUCUGCGCGGAGGUGUCGCGUCGAGCCGCUCAGCUGUGCGGCGCGGGCAUGGCGGCCGUGGUCGACAAGAUCCGGGAGAACCGAGGCCUGGAGCGCCUCAACACCACCGUCGGCGUGGACGGGGCUCUGUACAAGCUGCACCCUCACUUCUCCAUAGUCCUCCAGGAGACCACGCGGGUGCUGGCGCCUCAGUGUCACGUGACCUUCCUCCCGUCGGAGGAGGGCAGCGGGAAGGGCGCCGCCCUCAUCACGGCGGUGGCCAUAUAGAGGUGGAGGAGGAGCGGGAGAGGUCAGCGAUGGCCGACCUCGUGAUGACUUUGUGACCUAUCUUUCGUUUCCAUGAGAAUAAACACAGAAAAGGCUCCAAGCAGGACGCAUGUACAUGCAAUAGGACAAGUACUGUACAAGAACGUCUGUACUGUUGAUAGAGAAUACUGAUUUAGGACUGUUCUACUGAUCUUAUGCUGUUUUUACCUGUUAUUGAGGUGAAUUUGAGUUUGGGUUUGUCAUUUGUAAACCAGAAAUAUAAUAGAAUAAUAAUGAAUAUAAUAAAAAAAAUAAAACAA